AUGCCACGAGGGAAGUUAUUAACUAGUGAAGGGAAGGCAUCCAUUGAUGCUUAUAAAGAUAUGGGGUGUUCUAAUCGAUUCAUUGCUGAAAAAGUUAAUAGGUCACGUACUCUAGUUAAUAACUAUGUAAACUUGGGCGAAGUAUAUGGUCAGAAACACCCUACAGGUGGAAAUAAAAAAUUGACCAGAAGACAAUAUUCAUUAUUAAUGAGGUCAGCAGCAAAGGAAAUAAAAACUGCAGCUCAACUUCGGACUGAGUUACAGCUACCGAUAACAACGAGGCGUGUGCAGCAAGUUUUAAAAAGUUCAGGGCGAUUUAAAUGGACAAAAAUGCUACAGAAACCAAUACUCAAAGAUCGACACAAACAAGCUCGUCUCGAAUUUGCACAAAGUCAUAUGUCCUGGACACAAGAAUGGGAAAAUAUCAUUUUUUGCCAAGCCAGACGGUUACAAAUAUUACUGGCACGAUUUAAGAAAAGAGACUGA